AUGUCCGGCGGUGCCAUUUCGAACCCUCAACAUGCCCAACAGGCCUCCGAUUCCGGUCCCCAACUCUAUCGUGACGUUCCUGACUUGUACGCUGUGCCUCCUCCCUCUUACAGCGUCUUAAUGGAUUUUACAAACUUCGACGAUUUUGCGUUUGCUUACCAUGGUCUUCCUGACCAGUCUUCUCUCGUUUCCGUAGCAGAUCACACCCUCACGUCACAAUCUCCCACUGCGUUUCCCCAGCACCAGGCCAUGUCUGGCCUUGCACAUAGCGGUCUGCCGUUCGGCACCUUGCCUACGGGCAACCGCAGUCAGGGCAUGGAAGGCUCCGAAGCCUCCCCAGAUCGGACAUCUCCCGCAUCCAACGCCUUCGAAGACCCGACUAUCGAUGAGUUUGGUUUGGCUUCCCGUAACCGUGCGGAUGGCACAGAUCUAGGUGGUAAACCUAAGGAGGAUAAAGCCGAUGCCACACCUGCAUGGAGUGGACUUCAGACAAAGGCUGGCAAGGAAAGAAAACGCCUUCCCCUCGCUUGCAUUGCAUGUCGCCGAAUGAAGAUCGGUUGUUCAGGCGAGAAACCCACCUGCAAGCACUGUCUACGCUCAUGUAUCCCAUGUGUCUACAAGGGUACGACUCGGAAGGCUGCGCCUCGGACAGAUUACAUGGCUAUGCUCGAUAAGCGACCGAAGCGCAUGGAAGAACGCGUCAUCAAGGCCAUAUCCAAGUCCGAUCAGGAAGUCGCAUCAUCUGUAACUCGCCACGUGGCCAAACCGGCGAUGCCAGGAACUGUACCUUCCAGUAAGCCAACUAAGAAGCGCGGCGCCGAGGAAGCAUUCGGGCCUGAUCUGGAAGCUUGGGCGAAGGCGCCUUCGGAGUCAAAGGUUGAGGGAGAUGAUGGGCCCAGCAGCUUACAAGUCCAGGAAGGGGAGGAGAAUAAGCUGCAAUAUGAAGGCACCGAAGUCCUCCCCUCCAAGGAGAUACAGGAGCAUCUGGCAGAGGUGUUUUUCGAUACCAUCUGUGGUCAAUCUUACCAUCUUCUACACAAGCCAAGCUAUAUGCGAAAGUUAAAAUAUGGCACACUACCUCCGGUGCUUGUUCUCACAGUGUGCGCUGUAGCUGCUCGUUUUCCCUCAAACCCCCUAGUGAAUUCUUCAGGGCCUGAAUUCUUACGCGGCGAAGAAUGGGCAUCAUACGCUCGAUAUAUUUGCACCAGACGAUGCGAAUGGCCAAACCUCACCAUCUUGACAUGUAUUCUCAUUUUGGGCCUUCAUGAAUUUGGAACGUGCCAGGGCGGCCGUAGCUGGGCCUUGGGCGGGCAAGCUAUCCGAAUGGCUUUCGCUCUCCAGUUACAUAAAGACUUGGAAUACGAUCCCUCGGGCCGUAAUGGCACCAAAACGCAGCUCAGCUUCAUUGAUCGAGAGAUUCGGCGACGCAUAAUGUGGGCCUGCUUUCUCAUGGAUCGCUUCAACUCUUUUGAGACAGAUCGACCCAUGUUCAUCAGGGAGGAUACAAUUCAGAUUCCUCUGCCGGUAAAGGAAAGGUACUUCCAAUUCGACAUGGCUGUGCCCACCGAGAUGUUGGACGGUCGAGUUCCUCAUCCGCCGUCGGCCAACGACGGACAAAUCGCUGAUGUGCGAGAGAACAUGGGAGUUGCGGCCUUCCUGAUUCGAGCCAUUGCCUUAUGGGGACGGAUCAUCACUCACCUGAGCCAAGGGUGUAAGGAUCUAGACCCCAAUCCAUUGUGGGAGGACGAGUCUCACUACAUGAAGCAUCUCAAUGAUGUUGUAAACCUUGAGGCUAGUUUGCCCUCGUCACUGAACUACUCUGCAGAGAACCUCGAGCUCCACAAGACAGAGAACAUGGCAAGUCAGUUCCUUUUCAUGCAUAUCUGCCUGCAGCAUAACAUUCUCUUUGUGAGUCGAGCUGCUAUGUCAGAACGAAAGCAAUAUGGUGUACAUGAUGAUUUCUCCUCUGAAGCAAGCAAGAGGGCCUUCAACGCUGCGAACCGAAUAUCCGAGCUUCUUCGUGAGGCUGAACAGUCGCGAAGCUUUGUUUCGGCCCCGUUUGCUGGAUACUGCGCCUUUUCCUCGACAACAGUUCACAUCUUGGCUAUUAUCUCUCGCAAUCCUUCCAUGAAGCCAACAGCCGAGGCCAGUUUAGCUACCAAUGUCAAGUAUCUUCACAAAAUGAAGAAGCAUUGGGGCAUGUUUCACUGGAUGGUGGAGAACGUUCGUACUCAGCAUCUAAAUGCCUUGGACUCUAUGAGUGCUGGUGCGAAUGUCCAAGAACGCGCCACACAGUCAUCUUUUCUUCAAUAUGGAGACUGGUUUUACCGUUACCCUCACGGUCUUUCUGACGCUGAGUUCAUGAACCCUGCCACUCACAAACGAAAGGAUUCAGGAGCAGACGGCGUCCUCGAAGCGAAGCCCAAACUACAAUCAGUAGAGGAAUACUUCUCCACGCUUCCGACACCACAGAGUGCCGAGCAUAAGGGUACCAUCCGUGCAGCAGCCCCCAAAAGAAAACAGAGCGCCAAGAAACAGGCCGGUAUGCCAGCACAACCUGGCCAGCAUCUCGAGUCCUUGCAAUGGACAGAUGCAGACUCAGUUUCUCCAGCGGGAGCUCAGGAACGUAGAUUAUCGAGUGGAUUGGGAUUGCAAACCAGCAAUGCUGCCGGGUUCAGCCCCCUCGCAGUAUCAAACCCACAGACCGCAGCUUUCAGCACAGCCAUGUCACCUAUGAGCCUGGCCAACAUGACCGCCUGCUCCCAUUACGCUCACACCCCCAUCUUCUUCCCACCGGAACUGCUUGCUAUGAACUUUGGGCAGGGUGCAAAUGGAAACAUUGACCCACUUGACCGUCAACUUGUCUUUGGAGGAUACUCGAUGGACGCCACAGGUUUGGGUGGUGCCCAGGAUAUAAUGAGCGGUCUUGACUUGGAUGCGGUCGCUUCAGGAGCUCAGCCAGAUGUAGGCUUGAAAGGUCGGCGGCCUACUGGUAAGCCAGGCGUGAAUGGGCAAACGGCCGGUAUGGCUGAUGGAGCAGGACUGAGCGGACCAGAAGCGUCGUCUGCGUGGCUCAUACCACUCAACAUGGGUGGAAAUGACCCACCCAUUUACGAGAGUGUUUGGCGGAGGAGGCAGUAG